AUGACGAAGAUUCAUAUUGAGGCCUUCAUGUCUUCAAGAGAUAAUAUAAGGGAAGAUAAUGUUGAUUAUGGUGAAGAAAGUUCUGUUGCUAAAAAACGAGGUAGAAAGUCUCGUUCUAUAGUUUGGGAUAUUUUUGAGAAAUUACCUGUUAAGAGUGAGGGGAGACAAAAGACUAGGUGUAAAAAGUGUGACCAACUGUAUAUGGCAGACUUAAAGUCCGGAACAUCGAAUUUGAAGCGACAUCUCAAAACUUGUUGUUUUGAACAUGACACAAAUGAGUUGGAGCCAUAA